CUCUCUCUCAUUUCCCAAUUUCGUUUUUCUUUUUUCCAAUCCAAAACUUUCGAAUUCAUUUCCCCAAAUCCAUCUUCGAAACCUAGCCCUAGUUUCUUCUUCUUCUUCAUCGCGUACGCAUUUCCGGUUCUUCUAAUUCGGGCUUUUUCGCAUUCGGAGGGCCGUUCGUUGCGGCUUGUAUUUCGACCCUGCGAUUUCGAAACCUAAUUUGUACUGCACUAUCUUCGCGAUUCUGCGCAAGGCUUUGAGUGAAGACCAGUUGCAAUUACUUCUCAAUGGCUGAUCAUCGCAAAGGAAAUAGCCAGCCUCCUAAUGGGAAGGCUGCUGGAGCUGGAAGUGCGUACUCUAUUGAUUUGAGUAAAUUCAGUGAGCGCUUGAACAUUCUUUAUUCGCAUUGGAAUGAGCACAAGUCUGAUUUGUGGGGCUCUUCUGACGUGCUUGCAAUUGCAACACCCCCACCAUCAGAGGAUCUGCGGUACCUAAAGUCCUCGGCAUUGAACAUAUGGCUGCUUGGUUAUGAAUUUCCGGAUACAAUCAUGGUUUUCAUGAAGAAGCAGAUUCAUUUCCUGUGUAGCCAGAAGAAGGUAUCUUUGCUUGAUGUUGUGAAAAAACCUGCCAAAGAGGCUGUUGGUGCAGAUGUUUUGAUGCAUUUGAAGACAAAGGGUGAUGAUGGAAGUGGGCUCAUGGAUGCUAUAUUUCGUGCCAUACGCACUCAAUCUAAGGCAGAUGGCAAUAAUAGUAGUGUAGUUGGAUACAUAGCUAGGGAAGUUCCUGAAGGAAAUCUCCUGGAAACAUGGGCUGAGAAGUUGAAGAAUGCCAAUUUCCAGCUUACAGAUAUAGCAAACGGGUUGUCUGAUCUAUUUGCCCUUAAGGACAAGGAAGAGCUUGUGAAUGUGAAGAAAGCUGCCUUCUUGACUACUAAUGUUUUGAAUAACAUUGUGGUCCCAAAGCUUGAGAACGUUAUUGAUGAGGAAAAGAAAGUAACUCAUUCUGCUUUGAUGAAUGAGACAGAGAAGGCCAUCUUGGAACCAUCUAAAGCUGGUGCAAAGCUGAAGGCGGAGAAUGUUGACAUCUGUUAUCCUCCAAUUUUUCAAAGUGGUGGAGAGUUUGAUCUCAGGCCUAGCGCUGCAAGCAAUGAUGAGCUGCUUUACUAUGACUCUGCAAGUGUGAUAAUAUGUGCGGUUGGAUCCCGGUACAAGAGUUACUGCUCCAAUGUUGCCAGAACAUUCUUGAUUGAUGCUAAUCCCCUGCAGAGCAAGGCAUACACAGUUCUUCUCAAGGCACAUGAGGCAGCUAUUAACGCGUUGAAGCCUGGGAAUAAAGUUAGCGCUGCUUAUCAAGCAGCCCUCUCGAUUGUUGAGAAGGAUGCUCCUGAAUUGGUUUCACAUCUGACAAAGUCUGCUGGGACAGGAAUUGGUCUUGAAUUUCGUGAGUCGGGAUUGAAUCUUAAUGCAAAGAAUGAUAGAGUGGUGAAAUCUGGAAUGAUCUUCAAUGUGUCUCUUGGUUUUCAGAACUUGCAGAAUCAAACCAAUAACCCGAAAAAACAGAACUUUUCUCUUUUGCUUGCUGACACAGUUAUUAUUGACAAUGAUAGGGCGGAUGUAGUGACUAGCAAAAGUUCUAAGGCCGUCAAAGAUGUUGCGUACUCAUUUAAUGAGGACGAUGAAGAAGAGGAAAAGCCCAAGGGGAAAGCUGAGGUUAAUGGAACAGAGGCCUUUAUGUCUAAGACAACAUUAAGGUCAGAUAAUCAUGAGGUUUCUAAAGAGGAACUCCGCAGGCAGCAUCAGGCAGAACUUGCCAGACAGAAAAACGAAGAAACUGCCCGUCGGCUAGCAGGUGGGGGAUCUGGGAUAGGAGACAACCGUGCUGCUGUGAGGGCUUUAACUGAUAUGAUUGCCUACAAGAGUGUUAAUGAUCUGCCCCCUCCUAAAGAUUUGAUGAUUCAGAUUGACCAGAAAAAUGAAGCUGUUCUGUUGCCCAUCUAUGGGAGUAUGGUACCUUUUCAUGUUGCUACAAUAAGGACAGUUUCCAGCCAGCAAGAUACUAAUCGAAAUUGUUACAUUAGAAUAAUCUUUAAUGUUCCCGGGACCCCUUUCAGUCCUCAUGAUGCAAACUCUUUGAAGUUCCAGGGUUCUAUAUACCUGAAAGAGGUUUCAUUCCGGUCUAAGGACCCUAGGCACAUAAGUGAGGUGGUGCAGCAGAUUAAGACACUUCGGAGGCAAGUUGUUGCCAGGGAAUCUGAGAGAGCUGAGAGAGCAACUCUUGUUACUCAGGAGAGACUCCAGCUAGCUGGCAACAGAUUUAAGCCAAUCAGGUUGCCUGACCUUUGGAUACGUCCUGUUUUUGGUGGCCGUGGAAGAAAGAUUCCUGGUACCCUUGAAGCUCAUGUGAAUGGGUUUCGAUAUUCUACUACCAGGCAGGAUGAGCGUGUGGAUAUAAUGUUUGCAAACAUUAAACAUGCAUUUUUCCAGCCAGCAGAGAAUGAGAUGAUCACUCUUCUUCACUUCCAUCUGCACAACCACAUAAUGGUUGGGAACAAGAAAACGAAGGAUGUGCAGUUCUAUGUUGAGGUUAUGGAUGUAGUUCAAACUUUGGGGGGUGGAAAGAGAUCUGCCUACGAUCCGGACGAGAUUGAAGAAGAGCAGCGGGAGAGGGAUAGGAAGAACAAAAUCAACAUGAAUUUUCAAAGCUUUGUGAACCGAGUGAAUGAUCUUUGGGGGCAGCCUCAAUUCAGUGGCCUUGACCUUGAGUUUGAUCAGCCUCUGAGAGAACUUGGUUUCCAUGGUGUACCCUUCAAAUCCUCGGCGUUUAUUGUUCCAACUUCAACUUGCCUUGUUGAAUUGAUAGAGACUCCUUUCCUUGUUGUCUCCCUAAGUGAGAUUGAGAUCGUGAAUUUGGAAAGAGUUGGCCUUGGGCAGAAGAAUUUCGACAUGACUAUUGUAUUCAAGGACUUCAAACGAGACGUCCUCAGGAUUGAUUCUAUUCCUUCGACGGCACUUGAUGGCAUCGAGGAAUGGCUCGACACAACAGACAUCAAGUACUAUGAGAGCAGGCUGAAUCUGAACUGGCGGCAGAUACUGAAGGCAAUCACUGAUGACCCACAGAGCUUCAUUGAGGAUGGAGGUUGGGAAUUUUUGAAUUUGGAAGCUACUGAUUCAGAAUCAGAGCGCUCAGAAGAGUCUGACCAGGGUUAUGAGCCAUCAGAUGUGGAGGUAGAAUCCGAAUCAGAGGAUAAUGACUCUGACAGUGAGUCGCUGGUGGAGUCUGAGGACGAGGACGAGGAUGAUUCUGAAGCAGACUCGGAAGAAGAAAAGGGAAAGACUUGGGAAGAGUUGGAGAGGGAAGCCAGCAAUGCAGACAAGGAGAAGGGUGUUGAGUCGGAUAGUGAGGAGGAGAGAAAGAGGAGGAAGAUGAAAGCAUUUGGAAAGUCUCGAGGCGGUCCCAGUAGUUCUGUCCCCAAGCGGGCUAAAUUAAGAUAGAUGUAACCUGAGAUUUAUUUUUUCUGUUUCAAUGGUAUUUUGUUUAUCCGUUUUUGGUAUCCAGUAGCAAUUUGCUGCUGCAGUAUCCUGACCUAGCUUGGAACUCUUAUUUUUGUACUAGUUUGUUUCGAAGUUAUUAGAACUAUUUUUUUCCUUACCAUGAAAUCAUCUUCUUGUUGGUUGUACAUUGGUAGCAUCACUUUUGGUGGAAGAAUUUUGUUUGGUCACUUAUCAUUCAUAAGCUACUAAUUCAUUUCUUCUUUCGCUCA